AUGGGUCGGAGUGAUCGUCAUGCGCGAUGGGACUUACCUGAGUGUGUCAAGAAGGCUCUUGAUCAGGAGUCGCGACAGCCCUCUCCCGAGAUUUUGUCGAACUUGUUUUCAGAUGAUUCAGACAUCAAAGAUUUCGUGGAAUCACUGGGACUUACAAUGGGCUCAGCUGAAUGGUUCAGUGCAUGCGAAAUACUUGAAAAGGUCUGCUCUGAUGUAUCACAGGCUGCAGAUCGCGUCUUGAGGACUAGAGCGGUGCAAGGUCAGCUGGCGCAAACGUCCUCAUCGAUUUCGGCUGGGCCUCAGCAGCAGCUUGAAGUGGGCACUGGGUGGCUUCAGACAAGAGCCGGUGCAAAGCGAUCCCUCACAGCGUGGCCGUGUCGGUUGGCCAAGAAACUUGCCUUGGCCAAGCACGAUCGUGCGAGGGCCGACGCUGAGGCUGCAGAGCUCCGACGCUGGAGGCAGGCUUUAGCGAAGGAGCUGAAAAGGGCUUGUAUGCCGGUAUGCUCAAUGGCAAGUUACGCCCUUGAUUGCCAAGCUGUAUUGGAGGCGUCAGCAGGAACGCUUAGAGCGUCCACCCUAAGACGGCACGUGAGGGAAUGGUCCAAGUUUUCGGCAUGGUUUUUCGCUGUUGAGGGGACAGUGUUCCCCUCGCAUCUGGGCCUCUUGAUGAAUUAUGUGGAAGAGCUGGCGCAGGAACCUUGUGCCAGGACCAGACUACAGUCUGUGCUCUCUGCGGUGAUUUUCUUCGAGAGGGUCGGAGGAGUCAAGGCCGAGGCCUCCAUCUCCUCUCAUGUCCUGGUGCGGAAUUUGGUUCGGGUUCGCACUGUUGAGCUUGAAGCAGGGGCGCCGCCUACCAAGCAAGCUCCAGCGUUGGCCCUCAUCAUGGUCAUGUCUUUAGAGGCUGUGGUUGUGAACUCUGCGCAUAAGAAGUUCGUCAGAGCGUAUGCGUGGGCACGGCUAUUGAAACUAUGGACAUCUAGCAGGGCCAAUGACCUGCAGGGCAUUCUACCGGAGCAGAUGACGAUGUCUUCACAAGGAUUACGAGGAGUUUUCGAUAGAACGAAAACCUCGGGAGCUGACAAACGCAUCAGAUGGCUGCCGUUCUUUGUUUGCAAGGAUGCUUGGCUUUUGCAUAGCGAUUGGCUGGCUACCGGAUAUGAGAUCUGGGCUUCUGAUGGGUUUGCCUUCUCCAGGGAUUAUCUGGUGCCUCGACCUACAAAGGGACUGACCUCCUGCCUGCCAGUUAUGGCGAGCUAUGUGGAUAUGUCAACGAUGUCCAAGCAGCUCCUGUGGGAGCUAAAGCGGCCAGAGCUGACCGAGGCUGGGAGUGUGCGUCAUACUGAUGCUGCGCUUUUCGAGGUAGGUCUUGAUGAUUUGUUUCAGGCGCUACAGAGGGCCGGGGUCGAGAGCUCGGUGCGUGACAGGGCUCUUGAUCUCUUGCGGCCGUUGGAGGGCUGGGCCGAGUUUCGGGCCCAACAUCUCGCUGAAAGCAGCGGGAACGGCAUCAAGCCUGGUGAUCUUGUGAUGCCUGCCAGGGGACAGCAGGCAGCCCAGGCGGACGCUUCGGGUUCGGAGGACUUCUCCUCCAGCACCGCCGAUGAGGCACAGACCUCAGGAACGAUCAGUUUCUUCAUCACGCGUCUUGAGGGCCUCAUGGAACCGGAGCCUGCUUCAGAGCCGCCUGCUGAGCUUCACGAGAGGGAAAGCACGGAUGAUACUUUCUUGCUGCUUUCUGACCAUGUGUGGGAGCUAGAACAGCGGGUGGCCGUUUUGGAGCGGCGACUGAUUGCAGUCGACCCGGUGCCUAGGGAGGAUCUUCGGAGAGAGAUCACAGGCAUCUCACGAGCCUUUUUCGGGCUGGCCGAUAGGGUAUCGGGCCUGGAGCUUCGUGUCACUGAGCUGGUGAGGGCGCUUCGGAGUUGCUUCGCAGGAUUGCGCGGCUAG